ACGUUCUGUGAGUGAACACAACAAAAAAGGAGAGAAAUGUCAAACGAAAGGAAAUAAAAGAAAUUUCGUAAAAUCAAUUCAUUCAGACAGAUUGUUUGUUUUUGAUAUUUUAUUUGGAUAUCAUUAUUGCAGGCGUAAUGGAAAGAUUAGCUAGCAGCAACUAUAAAUCUUCCGUAGACUCGCUUCCCAAUAUGAAGUCUGACCAAAAUGUGAUAACAAAACUGGCUUUAGCCGAAACAGCUACUGAUGCCGCUUCCAAAUUUAAUUCGUCUAAGUGGGUGAAGUUAAAUGUUGGUGGAAAGGUGUACGUGACAACGUUAUGUACAUUGGUUAGCAAGGAGCCUGAUAGUAUGUUAGCACGGAUGUUCUCUCAAGAUGGAAUGUUGCCAAGUGAACAGGAUGAACAAGGUGCCUACCUUAUCGAUCGUAGUGCUCACUACUUUGAGCCCAUUAUCAACUAUUUGCGACAUGGGCAACUAAUUGUUGAUGCUAACGUGAGCCUUGAAGGUGUAUUGGAAGAAGCUAGAUUUUUUGGUAUAUAUUCGCUUAUUAGUCAGUUGGAGCCACAACUAGCGCAAAUUAGUAGGUCUCUAGAUGAUGUGCCACUUACAAGAAAAGAUGUAAUUAAAGCUUUAAUACAAACCCCGCACGCAAGUGAAUUACGUUUUCAAGGUGUAAACUUAGCUGGUGCAGAUUUGCGCAAGCUUGAUUUCCGGAAUAUUAAUUUUAAGUACGCCUGCAUGCAAAGAUGCAAUCUAUCUCAUGCUAAUCUAACUUACUGUUGCCUUGAGCGCACCGACUUAGCCUAUGCGAAUUUGGAAUGCUCACAAUUGGUAUCAGUAAAGGGAUUGUGUGCGAAUAUGGAGGGCGCCAACUUGCGUGGAUGUAAUUUUGAAGAUCCCACUGGAGUUCGUACCAAUUUGGAAGGUGUAAAUUUGAAAGGAGCUUGCUUAGAAAGCAGCAACAUGGCCGGUAUAAAUUUAAGAGUCGCCAAUUUAAAAGAUGCAAAUAUGAAGAAUUGUAAUUUACGUUCAGCUGUACUAGCCGGCGCCGAUUUAGAACGGUGUAAUUUAUCUGGUAGUGAUUUGCAAGAGGCAAAUUUACGUGGUGCUAAUUUAAAGGAUGCUGAAUUGACUCUAAUGGUGACACCGUUGCAUAUGGCUCAAGCUAUACGAUGAGGUGAAGCCACGUUAAAUGUAGCAAUUUCCUACCUUAAUUUUCCUGUGAUUUAAAAAGCUAUCGAUUUCCUGCUUGUGCUUAAGUUCUCAAGAUAAGAUAAGGACAUGCCUUUUAGCAUACGUAUAUUCAUGCUGGUGAAAAGCUAAAUUAAGCGACAUCAUAGUGAGUUUAUAAUAAAAAUAUAUAAUAAAUACAAAAAAUAAUUAAG